AUGGCCUCCCAAGUCAUUCCCAUCAGUCGUCUCAACCUUGAGCCAGAGAUGGUCAAGUGUCCGGCCUGCCAGCAUGUUGGCAAGUCAAUACGGGUCAUGGAGUUGACCUCCAACGGACAAGCUACGACGAGUUGCCUGAUGGGAAUCCUGGCCUGUCUUGCAUGUAACUGCGGGUACAUGACAGCUCCUACGUAUUACUUCCUGAGCCACUACUGCUCUCGCUGUGGGAUCCGGUUCGUUAUUGUACCGUGGUACGAUAACCCUAUUCUUCAUCUGGAACGGUCACUUCUUGUCGACGCCGAGUCCACAGAGAAGGGAGACUCUGGACGAAAGAUUAUGCCAUCACCUCUUGGACCGCCACCACAGUUCAACGAGGACUCAUUGCGCAACUUUGCCAUCCGCUUCAUCUCCUCCACUCCAUCCCUAACCCUUGAGAUUCUUUUGCAAGGCGAUCGCAAGUUUCCCUCCCAGGCUACAGAUGUGGCAUCUUCCAAGAAGCUCUACUAUAUCACUUGGCCUGGUCUUGCGGCUGGGGACCCUGUCGAGUAUACCUCGGGCGAGCCCAUGACAGCGACUCCAGCAAAGCCAGACAGCAAGCAAAUCAAGUCGAUGGCGUCUUGGGACCCCUCAAAGUCGACUCCUCACAUCCGCGUGUCAACAGCCGAGGGCGUCAACCGAGAGGUUGCUACAGCUCAGGUAUUUGCAACCUCAAGGGACUACAUCCUUCACACACUUACAACAGGCCCGGAUGGAGUUGUCAGCUACGUCUCACGUCGAUCUGGUAUCAAGGGACAAAUCUCAAGCAAAUCCGGCUACAUGGUCUGGACUAGUUGUGCUGGCCCACUAGCUUGGAUCGUGCGCAGCGUUCAAGACAAGGAGAUGCAAAAGACUUCCCGUAGGAUCGUCCUGAUGGAUGCAUAUGACAGACUCGUGGGGACGAUUAGCUCAACUGACGAGGAGAGUGUGCGGUUGAAGAUCUACGGAGACUUGUCGUCAGAGCUGAUUGGGGAAAUUCUGGCGAGUUUCUCUGCAGUGUCUUAUACUAUCUGGAACUAUUCACGUCUUGAGGGAACCGAUGAAGGAUGGGGUGUUGCUGCUGGUGCGAUGAGUGUGGCUGGUUUGGGGUUGACAUUGGCUGGCAUCUAA